AUGCCAUGGAGCGACGAUGUGUCGGGCAAUGUAAGCAAGCAGUUCAGUCCACACGUCAACAUGUACCUUGCGAAUAGCGGCCUGCCGCACCAAAAGCUUGCCCAGGAGUUUUUCGUACGCUUUUGUUCAACAUCACCCCAUGCAUCAUCCUCCGAGCAGUUGGAUGCACUUUUGGAGAAGAUAGAAGAGAUUAUCUUCCGGAUCCUGCCAUAUAUCUACCCUGCUGACAAUCCUCAGCAAUCAGAGACAUGCUCACAUAUCGGCAUGCAUGGGAAUCUGUUUUGUCGUCGGUGCAAAGUCGGAGGAAGUGCGGAAGAGAAGGAGAGCAGUGAGGGGUACCAAGCUCUGUUCAAGCCUGGAGUCCCAAGAUCAUGUACGGAGACAGCACAGGUUAUAAAGGAUCAGCUAUGGACUGCAUGCCUAGGUGUUCAAGAAGCAGUCGACACAAUUCAGACCCGGACAGGCGUAAAGGACAAGAUCACAUCAUUUUGGAUAGACCAGUGCAUUGCACAAGCACGCAGUCUUCAAAGUGACCGCCUUAGUGAUGAUACGACAAGAGAUCCACGGCUAAAGGACAAUUGGCCCCUGCAUCAACCGCUGGAGCGAUAUAACAAAUUGCCAUUCGAUUCCCGACUGGACAUACACGAAGCAACCCCUGUAGAGAUUCUCCAUACUUACUUGCUUGGCCAAGACAAGUAUGUCUGGUAUGCGACUCACGGCAGCUGGGACGAGAAGAAACAAGAGCUAUUUACUCUCCGUCUCCAGUCAUCAGCUGUGGACGGCUUGGUGCUACCUCCAGUGCGCGCAAAAUAUAUGGUACAAUAUAAGAAUGCUCUUGUCGGACGGCACUUCAAAGCAUUGCAGCAGCUUGCGGUAUUCCAUCUGCAUGAUGGUCUAUGCUCCGACCUCAUGUUUCAGUUAUGGCUAGCGACAGGAGAGCUCGGGGCAUACCUCUGGUUCCAUGAAAUUAAUGACAUGAAUACUUAUCUGGUACAUCCUUACCCAUUUACCUUCAAAAUCAAACUAAUAUGUCUGGCAAACCCAGGCUGA